UGGGCCCAUACUAGUGUCCUUCCAGCCCCGGCUCGGCCUCCCUGCUGCCCCCCUCCCUAUGUGAGGCGCGGCAGGGCGAGCGGGGCGCCGGAGGAAGAGGAGGACCUGCGGGCACCCGGCCGGAAGGCAGCUGGCAGCAGGCCCGGGGAAGCGGGCGCCCGCGUACAUGUUCCGCCAGGAGCAGCCACUGGCCGGGGGCAGCUUUGCGCCCAUGGGCUCCCUGCAGCCGGACGCAGGCAACGGGAGCUGGAACGGGAGCGAGGCGCCGGGGGGCGGCGCCUCGGCCGGCCCCCCGUACUCCCUGGAGGUGACGCUCACAUUGGUGUGCCUGGUGGGCCUGCUCAUACUGCUCACAGUCUUCGGCAACGUACUCGUCAUCAUUGCCGUGUUCACCAGCCGCGCGCUCAAAGCGCCCCAAAACCUCUUCCUCGUGUCCCUGGCCUCGGCCGACAUCCUGGUGGCCACGCUGGUCAUCCCCUUCUCACUGGCUAACGAGGUCAUGGGCUACUGGUACUUUGGCCAGGCGUGGUGUGAGAUCUACCUGGCGCUCGACGUGCUCUUCUGCACCUCGUCCAUCGCGCACCUGUGCGCCAUCAGCCUGGACCGCUACUGGUCCAUCACGCAGGCCAUCGAGUACAACCUGAAGCGCACGCCGCGCCGCAUCAAGGCCAUCAUCGUCACGGUGUGGGUCAUCUCGGCUGUCAUCUCCUUCCCACCGCUCAUCUCCGUCGAGAAGCGCGGCGGCGGCGGCGGCGGGCGGCAGCGCUGCGAGAUCAACGACCAGAAGUGGUAUGUGAUCGCUUCCUGCACCGGCUCCUUCUUCCUGCCCUGUCUCAUCAUGAUCCUGGUCUAUGUGCGCAUCUACCAGAUAGCCAAGCGCCGCACGCGCGUGCCGCCCAGCCGCCGGGGUCCCGACGCUGCCACAGCCACCGCCACGGUGCCAUCCGGGGUCGCCGAACGCAGGCCCAAUGGCCUGGGCCCCGAGCGCGGCGCCGGCUCUUCGGGCGCCGAGGCCCAGCCGCUGCCCAUCCAGCUUAACGGCGCCGCUGGGGAACCCGCUCCGGCAGGGGCGCGCGAAGCCGACGCUUUGGACUUGGAGGAGAGCUCGUCAUCCGAGCACGCCGCCGAGCGGCCCCCGGGGUCCCGCAAGCCGAGGGCCCAGGGCAAGACCCGGGCGAGCCAGGUGAGGCCCGGGGACAGCGUGGCGCGGCGUGCGCCAGGGGCCGCGGGGUCCGGGGCGUCGGUGUCUGGGCCUGGGGAGCCGCGUGCUGUGGGUGCCAAGGCGUCUCGCUGGCGUGGGCGGCAGAACCGCGAGAAGCGCUUCACGUUCGUGCUGGCCGUGGUCAUCGGCGUGUUCGUGGUGUGCUGGUUCCCCUUCUUCUUCACCUACACUCUCACGGCCGUCGGCUGCUCGGUGCCCACCACGCUGUUCAAGUUCUUCUUCUGGUUCGGCUACUGCAACAGCUCGCUGAACCCGGUCAUCUACACUAUCUUCAACCACGACUUCCGCCGAGCCUUCAAGAAGAUCCUGUGCCGCGGGGAGAGGAAGCGGAUCGUGUGAAAUGACGGGCGGUGCGGGGACCCGGCUGCGGCCCUUUCAGCGAUUUCCCCUAGGCGCUCUGGCUGGCUGGGGGAGCCACGUGCACCUCAACCCUGAUGGCUGAUGGCCGGGACAUUUCCCUAGCUGGCCGCCCUUCGUCAUCAGUAUUGCUCCCAAAGGCGUUUUCACCCACUCCCCUCGGCCGGCUCUCCUGUGGGGGCUCUUCAGAGCAGUGGACUCCCGGGAAGCAUGGCCAAGAAGGGUUAAUGGAUACGGGGAUGGGGGUGUUCCCCAGUCUCGGUUGAUUGUCUCCCUCCCCAGUUGCAAAUCUUCAACAAACAAAAACAAAGCACUCAGGGCAGCCCUGCCCA